UCAAUUUUGUUAUGAUUUUUCACACUAUAGAAAUAGUUUAUUUUAAACGAAAAACCGCCAAAGAAUUUUCAAUUCAAUUUAAAAUAAUUGUAAAUAUUUUUCAAAUCAGUAUUGUUUAAAAAUGGGAGUAAAAGAUCUAUGGUCGGUGUUAACGCCUCAUGCUGAGAGGAAACCUUUAUGUGAAUUACGAGGAAAAAAAGUUGCUAUCGACCUGGCCGGCUGGAUUUGUGAAAGUUUAAAUGUGGUCGAUUAUUUUGUGCACCCCAGACAGCAUUUGAAAAAUCUAUUCUUUCGGACAUGUUAUUUGAUAUGGGAGGAUGUGACUCCGGUGUUUAUCCUGGAGGGUCAAGCUCCCAAGCUAAAGAGCCAAAUAAUUUCAAAACGUUCUGAGCAGCAAUUCCGUGGUACCAAACCUAUGAAAAAUAAAUUAGAGAAACAGCCAACAGAAGCCAAAGAAAAGGAGAGAGGACGGACAAGAUUUAACCAUGUAUUGAAACAAUGCGAAACCUUAUUACAGUCAAUGGGAAUACAAUGUUUUCAAGCGCCAGGCGAAGCCGAAGCCUAUUGCGCGUUUCUGAACAAAAAAGGGUUAGUUGAUGGGGUAAUUAGCCAAGAUUCAGACUGCUUUGCUUACGGCGCUAUACGUGUCUAUCGUAAUUUUUCUGUGUCUACUCAGGGUGCACAAGCAGCUCAAGGCGGAGCAGUAGAUAUCUAUGACAUGCAACAAAUACAAGGAAAAAUGGAUUUUGGUCAAAACAAAACAAUUGUAAUGGCACUACUCUGUGGCUGUGAUUAUUGUCCUGAAGGGAUAGGGGGCAUUGGGCGUGAUGGCGUUUUAAAGUUGUUCAAUAAGUACAAAGAACAGGAAAUAUUGGAAAGGAUAAGAUCAUGGCGUCAAGAGGACAGUAAAUAUACCGCUUUAGAAAUGCGAGUUGAUGAUAAAUUGAUUUGCAACAAUUGCGGACACAUGGGGCGUACGCAAAGUCAUACAAAGAGCGGAUGUGGAAUUUGCCGUACUAAUCGGGGUUGUGAUGAAAGUUUGUGGAAAGAGGAGCGUUUAUCUCUGAAAGCAGAACUUUCUUUACGUAAGAAAGCAAUGACUGACCCGUCAUUUCCAUCAGAAGAAAUUAUUUCUGAAUUCCUCAACGAACCUCCCACAAUUCCCACUUUAAAUUUGACUUGGAGACAGCCAAAUAUAGUAAAAUUUAUAAAGCAAAUUGGGAAACUGCUGCAAUGGGCAGAAAUUUAUUGCUUUCAGAAGUUCUUACCACUUUUAACGCGUUGGCAAGUAAGAAACAUGAAAAAAGGUACAAAUUUCGAUGCGGUCCAUUAUAUAUCAAUCAAAGAAAUAGUAAAAAAACGAACUGUACGAGGAGUAAUCAGCCUGGAAAUUAUUUGGGAAGAUCAGAACGGGUUUUUUAAUGGCUUGAUACCAAACAUUCAGCUGCAGGAAUUCGAAAAAGAAAAUACGAAAGGUCUUUUUGGACUUUGGAGUACCAUAGAACCACUUUAUUUGGUUGAAAAUGCUUAUCCGGAAUUGGUUGAAGCUUUUCUGAAAUCCAAGGAAAAACCAUCAAAAGUAACAAAAGGUCGCCGAAAGGGCAAAGCGCCUUCUAAAGCUAUACUAAGUUCGCUUGAAAAUUUAACCGACUUAAUAAGUGCUACCGAAGAAGUAGCAAAGACCAUCAAACCAAAAGCCAGCAAAAAAACGAAAUCUACGAACAAAAAAGGUAUUCAAUUGAUUGACAAAUUCUUUCAGCAACAACAGAUAUCUUCUGAACAUGGUACUCCUAUUAAAAAUCAGGAUCUGUACAGAUUAACACAGUGCUCCACUCCAGUUACGAAAACUUUACCAUCCGAUUUAGAAAGUGAUUGCGAUGAGAUGGCACAUGAUAUUUCAGAUAUUGUACGAGGAAUCGUGAAUGCUCCUGAUCGGGUUGUCAAAAUUACCUCACAUAAAGGGCGACCGUUGCACUAUGAACCAGUUACAGAAAAUUUAAGCAUUUUACUGAAUGAGUGGAGCAUUAAAGAUGAUUUGGAUUUAAUAACUAAAAAAAGAAAUUUGUCCAUUUGUUCACAAAGUGGUACAAAUGGCACUCCCUUACAAAAACGGAUGUCACUAGAUGACAGCUUCGAUGCUUUAGUAAAUGCAAAGCGUGACAAAAUUCAUAGCUUAGCGGAAAAGGCGAAAAGACUAAAUUUGUUUACCAACAACACAACAACCUCACCAAAACUGAAGUCUCAUGUAGAUCGUUUUGUAGAGCAAAAUUUUCCACAUUGCUUAAAUGUAAGCGAGCAGCAGCCAAAUAAAAUGCAUAUGAGUGUUUCGUCAGAAAGUGAAGAUGCUCAAAAUAUAAGCUAUUUCUUUAAUAAAAGUAAUAUUGAGAAUGAUGAAUUUGAAAAGUUAAUGGAUUUAAGCAUAUUAAAAAAACCAACAAUGAAAUCGAUUUGCAACGCUCCAGAUGAUGUCUUAAUUAUAAGCGAAAGCAGUGACGACUGUUGAUAUUUACUUUUAUCCGAUUUGUACUUAUUUAUUUGUAAUCGAAUACGUUUAUAAUAAACGCAGACAGUGUGUUAAUAAAAAUAA